GUUCGUUAUUCAUGGUCAUCGUGUACGACGUUAGCUGUCACAGUACGAUGAUGAACAGUUGUGUACGAUAACAGUGGUUGUGACAGUGCCUAAUUGAAGAUGAUCUUCAAGUGAGUGAGAAGUGGGCAAAAUAAUGUCACGCAGGGACACAGGUUCCCUGCGAGGAGGAGGAGGUGGAGGAGGAGGAGAUGGGUCAGAAUCCCAAGUCUCCUCCCCAAGUGAGGACUGCAAAUUUGUCAAUUCAGCACAUCCAGAGGCUGUACUCCUAGGGCUGAAUGAGCUACGAAAAAAUGGUCACUUCUGUGAUGUGACCUUGUGUGUGGAUGGAAUGACUUUUCCUGUCCAUAGGUCUGUCUUAGCAUCAUUUAGUCCAUACUUCCGGGCAAUGUUUUUAAGUAAUUUGGCAGAAUCACAGCAGGAACACAUUACUCUUAGUGGGGUUGAUGCUACCAUGGUCUCUCUACUCCUUGAUUAUGCCUACACCUCCACCAUCAUGAUAACAGAAAAUAAUGUUCAGGCUCUUCUUAGUGCAUCUAACUUGUUGGAAGUGGUAGCUGUAAGAGAAGCGUGUUGCCGUUUCCUGGAGCGCCACAUUGAUGCCACCAAUUGUGUUGGGAUUCAUUGCUUUGCUGAGGCCCAUGCUUGUCAUGAUCUCACCAAGAAAGCAAAAGCAUACACGUUGAGGAACUUUCCUCGUGUGAUGGGAGGUGAAGAGUGGCUCAAUCUACCUAUAGAGAAGGUGGUGGAAAUAAUAUCUGCUGAUGAGCUGGAGGUAGACAGGGAGGAGCAUGUGUUUGAUGCUGCCACUGCUUGGCUCCACCACGCCUACUCUUCAAGGGCACCCAUGUUUUACAAGGCCUUGGAGUGCAUUAGACUGGCACUUGUUAGUCCGUAUUUUUUAGUGGAUGUUGUGGAAGGAGAAAUGGCCGUGAGGUCAUCACCAGAGUGCCGCUUGAUUGUGGAGGAAGCCAGGCUGUACCAUCUCCUUCCCGACCGACGUCACCAGCUAACGUCUCCACGCACCCGCCACAGACGCAACACAAACACAACAACAGUGAUAGUGGCAGUGGGCGGUGAGGACAACAAAUUAGUUCUACGAUCAGUGGAAUGUUUUGAUCCACUGGCACAUUGUUGGAGGAGCCUCUCAUGUCUGCCUUUUGCUGUCAGCAAGCACGGCCUGGUAGUGUCUGGGGAAAAUGUCUUAUACCUGGCUGGAGGAGAGUUUCCUGAUGGUACAGUGACUCGGUGUUUGUGGCGCUAUGACCCUGUGUUAGAUGAGUGGCACGACUUGGCUCCCAUGUCUAAGCCAAGGUCAGAACUAGGUUCAGCAACCUUAGAUGGCUAUGUGUAUGCAGUGGGUGGUUGGGAUGGAUCUAACAGAUUAACUGAUGUAGAACGUUAUGAUCCUCGCAUCAAUGCAUGGAGUCCUGUAGCUUCUAUGAAACUGGCCCUUACGUCACCUGCCAUUGCUGCAUGUCAAGGAAAGCUCUAUGUUUGUGGUGGGGCCAUUUUGGAAGAUGGAGAUGGAAUUGAUCUGGUGCAGAUGUAUGACCCACACACGGACUCCUGGGAGCAGCUUCCUCCAAUGAUUAUUCCCCGGAGUGGUUCAGCAUCAGCUGUACUUCAUGGUCUCAUCUACAUCAUAGGAGGAUGGCACGCCUCAACUGAGAAUACAAAUAAGGUUGAGAGAUUUGAUCCCAGAAACAAGACUUGGGAAACCGUGGCAAGCAUGUGUGAGCGACGUUACAGACCAGGAGUGGCUGUAGUGGAUGGGAAGAUCUAUAUCCUUGGAGGAGAAGAUGGAUGGGAGCACUUCCAUGACACCAUAGAGUGUUAUAAUCCUACUCCAGAUACCUGGACGCAUGUUGGAGAGAUGCUGACAGGCCGAUCAUGGUUAUCGUGUGCACCUCUCAGGAUUAAAAAAGAGAUUUUAGGUGACUUGGCAACACCUCUCUCUUGACAUCCACGAGCCUCCACCAAUCAGGCACGACAGACGUUCUGGAAGUAACCACCAGAAUCAGUGCCAGUCCAUGAUCUUUGUCUCAAGAGGUGUAGGUAUGGAAAUUCUUUGGCAAUAUGUAAGAGAAAGGAUGUAUCCUUAAGAUGGUAGAGAACAGGAUAUGGUAAAAAUCUCAGUCAUUAUUUCUUUUUCUUCUUGGCUUUUUGUUAAAACCAGAAAUGUUGAUACUCAUGAAAUUAUUAGUGUGGUCAGAAGUACAGGUGCAUCUAAUUCAUAAUGGAAGCCACAGAUGUUAACUGUGAUAUAUUACAACUGAACCAAAAUUAUUAUCAUUUGGAAAUAUUCUCGGGAGUGACAUGUAAUCUAUGUGGAAAACUUAACUUAAGAGCUGGUAAUUUAAUUUGCAGUACAGUAUUAGUAUUAUUGUCAGGAUCAUUCUGUAUACCCAAAUGAAUAUCGUGAAGAGUGUGUGAUUAACGUUUACGAUUCUACAAAGACUCCGAACCUGGCUGGUCAAACAAGCCUGAUGUACCAACCUCAUGAAAAUGACCAUUAAGGUAAGUUGAAUCUUGUACAACUUAAUAUAUUUGGCGGGUUAAUGUGGAAGUGAGUUGCACAAAAUUUUAAAUUUACUUUCCUUGAUUUACGGAGGAUAUUUAUGUCACCUGUAAGUCAACAAAAUCAAUUAAGUAAAAUGGAAAAUGGUAUUAGAGUGGAAUUAAGAAAGGACAUCAGGUAUUGUUUUAGGUUAUCAGCCAGAGUAUCACUUGUUGUCAAACGAGGUCUCCGAUGGUUUUAUUUGUCGUAUAGUUGUGUAAUCCAUGGUUAGUGUGGUGUAUUUUUAUGAAAUAUUUUCUAAGAUCUAGAAGAUAUGCUCCUUAUCUUCUCAAUGAAAAUAAUGUUAUCUCAAUUUUGUGAAGGUAAAUGUGUUGUACCAAAAAAAAUUCUAGUCAUUCAUUAGGCAGCUUGUAGGUUAGUUGGCCUUGGUUGGAGCUGUAAAUGUUACUCCUGUGAGAAAUAAAGCAUUUAUCAUUUCUCUCAUUGAUUGUUCUAAUUCUGUUACUCUGUUUAGUCACAUUCAUACUGGCUCUUAUGGUUGUUUCUUGCAAAUUUUUAUCUACUGUAUCAUAUUAUUAUACAUAGAUUGCUGUUUCUCAUUUUAUUUAUUGUUUCUCCUUAGUUAUAUCUUUUUUAUUCUUACAGUACCUACAUUUUGUGCACCUCUUAUUGAUGUAACCUUCACACUUGACAUUUACUAAUUGUUCAACCAAAAGACAACUGUGUCACUAAUAUGAUAUACUCUACAGUAUUUCCCGACUCAUAAGACGCUACAAGUGAUAAGACUCAUCCUAUAAUUAAUAAAGUAUACUUUGGAAAAACAAAUUUUGUGGAUUUAGUAGCCUACCAUACUGGCAAGUCCAAGUCGCUGGCUAUAUGCUGUCAUGUUUCUCACUAUCACAGCUAACUAUUACUUUAUUGACCUAUUGUUGGUAUUAUUAAUUAAAUUUAUCUAAUUUACUAGAAAAGGAUAUUAUUAUAUAAGGACCUAUGGUAUACACAUCAGUACAAAUACUUACCGGAACCGGGCAUGUUUGCUAUGAAUUGUCCAGCACAGGGCUUGUUUACAUCCAACUACCUGUGCACCAGAUCAGCUGAUGUUUCAGAGUUAUUUCCUUUGCCUCGUCACUACCACAGCUAACUGUCAUUGUAUGGACCUAAUGUCAAAUGUCUGUUUAUAUUAUUUAAUAACAUUGCCUAAAUUUAUGACAGAAUUGUAUAAUUAUACAGUACGCCCUGAUAA